CCUCCUCCCGCUGCGCCGCCGCCCAUGGCGACAGAAGCAAUCUCUUCUUCCUCGCUCUGGUCAGACGGCCUCCUGCCGGAGCUCGCGGGCCUCGUCCUAUGCCGCCUGCCCUCCCUCGCCGACCGCGCCCGCUUCGGCGCCGUGUGCCGCCGCUGGAGUCUCGCCGCGCAGCGGCAGGCACCGACGCUGCCUCCGGCGCUCCCCUGGAUCUGCCCCUUCCCCAGGCAAGUCUUUCAAAGCUUCCCAGACGGCGAAUCGCACAACCUAGGAUCCAGCCAACCAACCGCAAGCCUGUUAUGUUGCGGUUUAUCGGAGAACUGGUUGCUGUUCAUGAAUACCGGGAGGUGCGUCCAUGUCCAACAACCCAGCAGAUUCUUGAAGAAUCCUCUAAACGGAGCUACCAUACCGCUGCCACACAAAUUUGGCCCAGCUUACGAUGUUAGGUCUGACUUAAUAUCCAUCCGGAAGUUCAUCGUAAGCUCGGACGUCGACGGCCUUAUCGUCGCCAUGACCCAAAGAGGCCUCACAGGCCUCACUCCUUCUCAUGGUCGUGGUGGUCAACAUACUGCUUGCUGCCGCCCUGGUAUGUCCGUUUGGUCAAUAGCUGCAAACCCCGGGUACGAAGACAUUGCCUUCCACCAUGGAAUUAUCUAUGGUGUCACCAGAAAAGGAGGCCUCUACGCGCACAAUAUCAGUGAGGAUCGUGGCACCGGAGAGCCGGUGGUUUCUAAGGCCAAGCAAGUGAUUAUGAGUGUGACACCAGCCGGUUUGAUCUUACCAUGAAGCAGUUAUUCCUUGUAGUCUCUCGUGAUAACUUGCUGUUGGUCAAAUGGAACGACACUAAGAGUAGCUAUGGUCGGAUCUCUGGAGCCUCUGCAUUCGAGGUAUUUAAAGCGGAUUUGGAGAUGUCUCGGUGGUAGAGGUAUCAAGUCUGGGUGAUCAAGUAUUAUUUGUUAGCGAAAGGUGCUCCAAGGCCGUCUCUGCAUCCCGCCAUGGCAAUUAUUUGUGUGGGAAUCAUAUAUAUUUCAUGGAUUAUGUAACCCGUUCUUCUUCAAAUAUGUGGCAUUUAUGACUUAAGGAAUAGCAUAUGUCAUCUGACUCUCACUCUAGAGCGCAGCAGUUUUACACCAACAUGGCUCUUUCCACACAAGUGAAAGAGGAGGAUUGUCUUUUCACAACAGAAAGUUGGUGGAUCUAUGCAUGCAUGAUGAAAUUUUUUGUACGUA